AUGCCCUAUAGCAAAAAUAAAAGAAUAGUUCUUGGCCAGACUCCGUGGUGGGCAGGACUACAGUGGAGCACCCCACUCGGCUGACUGCGUUCAGAGCUCCGGCCCGGUGGUCAGCCUGGACCGUGCGGGGAUGCUCCAGACCUUGUAUGAUUACUUCUGGUGGGAGCGGCUGUGGCUGCCCGUGAACCUAACCUGGGCUGAUCUAGAAGACCGAGAUGGACGUGUCUACGCCAAAGCCUCGGACCUCUACAUCACGCUACCCCUGGCCUUGCUCUUCCUCGUCAUCCGAUACUUCUUCGAGCUCUACGUGGCCACACCGCUGGCCGCUCUCCUCAACGUGAAGGAGAAGACUCGGCUGCGCGCACCUCCCAACGCCACCUUGGAGCACUUCUACCUGACCAGUGGCAAGCAGCCCAAGCAGGCCGAGGUAGAGCGCUUGUCCCGGCAGAGCGGGCUCUCCAGCCGCCAGGUAGAGCGCUGGUUCCGCCGCCGCCGCAACCAUGACCGGCCCAGUCUCCUCAAGAAGUUUCGAGAAGCCAGCUGGAGAUUCACUUUUUACCUGAUUGCCUUCAUUGCUGGCAUGGCCGUCAUUGUGGAUAAACCCUGGUUCUAUGACAUGAAGAAGGUUUGGGAGGGCUAUCCCAUUCAGAGCAUCAUCCCGUCCCAGUACUGGUACUACAUGAUUGAACUGUCCUUCUACUGGUCUCUGCUCUUCAGCAUCGCCUCUGACGUCAAGAGGAAGGACUUCAAGGAACAGAUCAUCCACCACGUGGCCACCAUCAUCCUCAUCAGCUUCUCCUGGUUUGCCAAUUACGUCCGAGCGGGAACUCUCAUCAUGGCUCUGCAUGACUCUUCCGACUACCUGCUGGAGUCAGCCAAGAUGUUUAACUAUGCGGGAUGGAAAAACACCUGCAACAACAUCUUCAUCGUCUUCGCCGUUGUUUUCAUCAUCACCCGACUGGUCAUCCUGCCCUUCUGGAUCCUGCACUGCACCCUGGUGUACCCCCUGGAGCUCUAUCCGGCCUUCUUUGGCUAUUACUUCUUCAACUCCAUGAUGGGAGUGCUACAGCUGCUGCACAUCUUCUGGGCCUACCUCAUUCUGCGCAUGGCCCACAAGUUCAUAACUGGAAAGCUGGUGGAGGAUGAACGCAGUGACCGGGAAGAAACAGAGAGCUCAGAGGGGGAGGAGACUGCUGCUGGGGGAGGAGCAAAGAGCCGGCCCUUAGCCAACGGUCACCCCAUCCUCAAUAACAACCAUCAUAAGAAUGACUGAACCAUUGUCCCAGCUGCCUCCCAGAUUAACGCAGCAAGCCAAGGAACCACCCCACCCACCGUAUAGGGUCACUUUAAGCGCUGGGGAGAUAGGAGAAAGCUUCUCUAGAAGCUUUCUAGAAUUUGCUUCUCUGUCACCCAGUUGCCUUUAAACCAAAUUCUAACUGGCCUAUCCCCAGGUAGUGGGGAGGUUGGUUAUGUCCUUUGUCAGAGGGGGAAUGGUCUAACUUUCCUCUCUAUCCUCAAAGUUAUUUCUGUUGCUUUUGAGACCCUGCCUCAGUCCCAGCAGUGGGGGUUAAAACUCACAUUCCUUAUUCUUCAGAAUCUGGCCCUCACUGCUUGCCUUCGACUCCCUGGCCCUCAGAGCCGGGGCCGUGCCUUACUGUCCUAUCUGUGGGCCUCACUCUGCCAAAGCCGGACCAAGGCUCACCUUCUAAGCUCCCUAACUUGGGCCAGAAACCAAAGCUGAGCUUUUAACUUUUUCCCUCCUAAGACACAGAUGAAUUGAGUGUAGGAGGGUACACAUGACCCCUACCCUACCUCUGCCACAAGGUCGAGGCUGUCCUGG